UUUCCUGGCCCCAAAGGGGCCCGCCAACAAGAGUCUGACCACAGGUUGGACAGCGGCUCUCCAUUUUGGAAAAUUGAAUUGGAUCAAGAUCUUCUCGAUACUAUUAGCGCUAUUUAUCCGGAGUGGUUCAAGGAUUAUACCAGUAGCAGAACCUCGACUUCUGGAUCGAAUGCCCUCCCGUCACUACCUUUGAACAACAACAAUAGCAGCGACAACAAUAAUAGCAACAACAACAGUAACGGAAAUAACAGUAAUAAUAUAAGUAAUAACCGUUGUAACGUUGGAAGCUGUGCGACUGCGGCCCCGGCAGACUCAACCAGUGAUCCUCAGCUCCAAUUGUAUGCAGCCACGCGUAAGCCCGUCAAAUCCGAAUCGAAAUUAAGAUCCAAACUCAAAAAGAUCGAGGGUAUCUUUAAAGGUCGAAAAGAUAAACACAAUAAUAAGGAGGAUAGAAGCCAACCUUCGCAGGACAUCGAGAAUUGUAAUAAAAAAUCAACAAAGAUUCAGUUGCCAAAGGAUAAGGCAGGUGUUGCUGUUUUCAAAAAGAUAGCGACAACUAUUUCCGAAUCGAAAAUGGCAGAGGGCAACCAAUCGCCUCCGAAAGCAGAGGUUGAUGACUCACCCCUUCAGCAAUCCAUGGAUCGCAACAAAGAAUCACUGAAGGUGAAGCUAAUGCUUAGGCGACCGUACAAUCAACUCGUCGCCCAAGGAAUCAUGCCUCCGCUGAAGACGCCUCCUGCAUUCCAUGAGCAGGCAAAACAAUUGGAACGUCGCAAAACCGGUGAUCUGCUGAAGGCGAAGAUUCAGCAACGGCCCGGUAGAGACGAGCUUGUGCGACAACACAUACUUGAAGAUGUUGGCCAUGUUGACCCAAGUCUUGCCAAUCGGCAACGGAUGCUUAAAAAAGCAAGACUUGCAGAUCAGUUGAAUGAUCAGCUUAGUCACAGGCCAGGACCUCUUGAACUUAUACAAAAAAAUAUUCUGCAUACAGAAGAACCUAUUGAAAGAGCUGUUAAAGAGGGUCAUAUUUCCUUCAAGGCAACAUGCGAAGGUCAACUGAGAAAACCUCAGCAUCCAGACCAUUAUAUAACCUUCGAAGACGACUCGCAGAGUUCCGAGGGAGGAGCACCCUCUCCACCUUUAGAGGGUUUAAGGCCCUCGUUAAAUUUAUCAACUUCGGCUACAACAUCAGUAGUACCGUCGGCAGCAAUAACGUCAGCUUCUGCAACAGCGACGACCGAUGUGUUAGAAACCGCCACGGCUUCGGCAGGCAUCGUUACUCUCUCCCUCAGCAUACCAACUAACGACGGUGCCGUUGUUGUUACUUCGACUUCGCCUGUUUUUCAGAAUUCUAACAUUGUUCAGCAGCAACCGGCAAUCGUAUCGAAGACUCAGCCAAUAGCUGAAACAACGACUAUUCAGACUUUUGCGGAGCUCUGUAACUCCGUUGUAGGCAAUCAACAGCAGCAUCAAAAGCAGCAGCAACAGCAACAACAGAAACAACACAUUCCGGCACAAGCAAGCCCAGGUAGUACGACGACACUAAUGCCUUUGGCGCCUGCACCUAGUCCUAUGUCUUUGGGCUCAACGACUUCCAGUCUCAGUCCACUUUCAAAUAUCUCGAUAGCGUCACCCCCCGCGUCCGCUGCAACUAUUACUCCGAGACCUCAGUCAAGUCCUAUCACGGCAGCAACGGCUAAUCAGCAAAAGAGCGACGCACCGGGAAAGGAUAAAAACCGCAAGAAGUCCAAAACCAAGAGCCAACCAAAAACGAGAACCAUAAAGUUUCACGAGUACAAAGGACCACCAAACGCUCAAAAAACAUGUGCUUCUUCCUCGGCUUCCAGCUUAACUGCGACGCAACAAAAUGAAACGAGCUAUGAACUUUUGCUGCAACAACAACAGCUUUUCCUUCAAUGGCAGGUGGAGUUUAAAAAUAAGUACCCACAACUGAUCCUACCGGCGGCUCAAAAGCCCAUUGCACUGACGAGCAACAAUGUAGUGAACGACAGUGGCAAUAUUACCAACAUUAACAUCAACGUUCCAAGUCCUACAUCCUCCAAUAUCUCGAAUAACUCGUCCGAACAGCCACCCUUAAGGCCACUCGGUAAAUUGGAGGACAUGAAAGUUAGUGAUUUGAAAGUGGAAUUGAAACGACGUAAUCUACCAGUUUCGGGCUCAAAGCCUCAACUGAUUGAACGGUUGAAACCUUUCACGGAAUCAUCAAGCUGCAACGUGACGUCGAGUUCGAACGGUCAACACGUUACACAAAUGGGACAUAUACUCAUGGAUACGCCAGUUCCAAUGUCAGCUGAUGACACAAACUCUCGUAAGAGUCCAAAUUCACCUAAAGAUGAUUCUAUUACUAGUCCAAGAAUUGAUUCACCUCGUGGAACUGAUCAAGAUGAUUCUGUAAGCCCAACAGGUGAUACUACAUUGAAAGAGCAAUAUCGUAAAAAAAUUGAGGAGCUCGAGCGUGAAAUUUUCAAUAUGCGAUCUCAGCAACAAAUGCAACAGUUUCAUAAUCAACCUGUGCGUGCGGAAAAACUCGUUUUACAACAACAUUUGCAAAAUAAGAUUCAACAGCAACAGUUAAUGCGCCAUUUGCAGCAAUUGCAACAGCUACAGCAACAGCAACAACAAGAAAAUCAACAGCAUGUUCAACGGCAAACUCAACAUCUUGCAUUUCAACAGUUGAAUGCAAAAGCUAGUCUUGCUGCUUUUCUACAGGCUCAGCCAAAUAACUCAGCAAUUCUCGAUUCGGCUACUCUGACGGCUAUCAAUAAUAAAAAAAACCAGAAUAAAAAUAAUGGUACAACAACUGUACAAAUGCCAACUGCAAUUGUUUUGAAUUUAGCUAAGCCAUCGAAAUUCAACGGUUCAAUAUUGGGUGCAUUGGUUGCUCAAGCCCAAAAUCAACAACUUGUUACAGGUACCGAAGACGGUAAACCACCUCCACCACAAUACGACGAAGCUGCUAAAUUAUUAAAGGUAAAAAUUGAACCACUGCAGAAAAGUCCUGUGAAGAGCCAAAUGGUUGAUGAUGUUUUGGAAAUCUUAAUAAAUAGCGGUGAGUUGCCUCCAAGCGCCGCACAGGAUCCUUUGACUCCAAUGACUUCUAAUCGUCAAAUUCCGCAAAAUUUGAUACUAAGUGCAACAGCCGAUAGUCCGAACCAGUCACUCGUUUUUACUACAGCGGAAAGUCCCAUGGAGAUUACACAAAAUGAAAGUGACAGUCCAGCACCUCAGACUCAACCGCCUCCACCACCUCCUUUACCUUUGACCACGUUUAGUGUCCAGUUACCGAGAUCACUGCAGCAACAGCAACAGGAUAAGAUAACUUUUACUACCCAACUUCUUACUUCAGAAGCAGAACUAGAGGCCGCGAUGUUACUUAGUCCACAGUCAGUGCAACAAGAUUCACCAGAUCCACAACCACCACAAGAGGUCACAUCCUCAAACAACAGUAAUUUGGAUCUUAAGGAGCUGGGUUUAGAUCUAGAUACAAUGGAUUUUGGUCAACUGGAUUGUGAUUUCGGUGUAAAAAUGGAAACACCACAGGAAUUCAUGGAUAUAGGUGACAUGCCUAUGGACAUGGAUGAACCCGACUGGCUUGAAUCCCUUAUGCCUCAGUCUCCGCCUUCUUCAGUUACUACAACUACUUGUACAAGCACACCUACUCUCAAUCAACAUUCAACUUCUACAUCCUCGCAUGUAAACAAUGACCUCUAUGAUCCAUUACUCGGCAACAGCCAAGAUCCUUUCGAUCUUUUCAAUAUUGAGGAUCCCGAUUUCAAAAUGUCGUCUGAUCUACCAUUGACGUGGGACAAUGGUCAGGUUGACUUUGCCACUUAGCUAGAACCGAUGAAGUACUCCAUAUAUUGGAGAUCUACCUUGUGUACUUAAAUUAUCGACCACUAUUUAUACAUAUUUAGAAGAUAUAUGUAUAUAAAUAAUGUAUACAGUUAUAAACACACGUACGCACGCGGGCGCACAUACGAUUCUUCCCUCCACACCUUUAUUGUAUAUUUUAAAAUAUUGAAUAAUGACUUUUUUACAUAACACGUAUUGUAUAAUUGAAGAACUCAACUAUACACAAAUGCUAUAUGAGCUUUUUGUGAGUAUCACAAUUCCUGUUAUAUAUGUCUUUAUAUCUAAUGAAAUAACAAGUAUAUGGAUUUAAUUAGUG